AUGGAUCAGAGAAAAAGAGGUGAUCCAAGAAUAUACAUCGUUACUCUUCUGUUUCUGUCAUGUAUCAUCUCAGGAGGAGUCCUUCUCGGACUUUACCUCCACCUCCCUGAUCCGGAUCCUCUGUUUUUACCGGCGGGUAUGUUCUUCGUUGGUUUCCCUUGGCUCUUCUGGUUCUUGGCUUACGUUUACUCUUGCGUCCUCAAGCCUUUUUGCACUGUCUCUGUGAGCAAGAAGAGCGUUUCCAGUUUCGAUCCUGAGAAAGGAGACGUGAAGAACAACAAGAAUGUCUCGGAGAACGCAACGUCAGCUUCAGAUCCUGUGGCUGAGGUCGAGCCGAGUGAUAAAGCCAACUCUCAUUGA